AUGCAAGAAGACCAACGACCUGUUGGAGACAAGGAUCAGGGCGGAGCCCAAACUAAGCCUGGCCCAUUGACUGGGCCUGUCACCCCUCCUACCCACUCAGGAGGGGAAGCCCACACUCCAGGAACGGUUAGGCCUGGACUCAAGGCCCCUUUCCGCCCAUCAAGAGGAACGGGCUUUGACUCAGAAGAAGAGGAAGAACCCAGGCGAGCCCCUAAAAGGGAGCCUUGCGACACGCCUAAACGGAGCCUCAGCUCCCUCACCCCAUUCGACUCAGGGUCCAGCGUAAAGCAACCCAAAAUGGAGCUCCCAGAUCCAUACAAGGGAGACUCCAGGGGACGGAAGGCAACCCAGUGGCUAGACCGUAUGCUGCUGUGGGUUGCGCUUCAUCGAGAUCAAUUCAAUGAAGAGGAACAAAUGGUUGUGUGGAUUCUAUACCACAUGACAGAUAAAGCUGCCGACUGGGCUCUCCCCAUUAUUGGGACUAUUAUCAAGGGCAAGGGAAAUCCCCCCACUACCAUCCCGGCCUUAAUGGCCAAAUUUAAAGAAGCCUUUGCCAACCCAGAUGCAAGAGGGCGGCCGCCAGGAAGAUUGCCGCAAUUCCGCAAUCUCAUGGCGGAACUUGACUGGAACACUGAGGCGUACAUUGCCCAGUUUACGUGCGGUCUUCACUGGAAGGUGAAAGAACUCCUGUCCACCAAGGACAACAUUCCCGACAAUGACCUGGAGGCCAUAUUUGCCGCCUUGGUCAAGAUUGACAACACUCGUCGGGAGAACAAGGAAAACCGCCCCAAGAAGGCUUCCACCAAGGCUCCGGUUGCCACAACCACCUCUACCUCCACCACUACCACCAGGGUCCGUUUAUCCAAGGACCCCAACUAUGUCACCCCGGAGGAAAGGGAUUGUUGCCGCGCAUCAGGGCUAUGCGUCAAAUGCGGUCAGAAGGGCCACGGAAUCAAGCAGUGCCCAAAUGGCUGGAAAGCCACAGUUAAAGAAGUAGCCAAGCCCCCAACUCCCAAAUUGGACAAUCUAGAUAGUUUUGAAUUUGUAUCUCUUGCUCUAGACUCAAAUAAAAAACCCCUCUUAUUUAUUGAUCUAUAUGUCCAAAAUUCCCCGGCAGAACCCCUCAAAACACUCAUAGAUUCCGGAGCCACAUCAAAUUUUAUUUCCCCAUCGAUUGUGGAAAAAUUAAAAAUCCCAAAAACCCAACUCGAAAACCCACAAGUUGUGAGAAUGCUAGAUGGUACAAUCUCUCAGACUGUCUGCCCCAUUGGGAACACACCCGCCAUACUUGGCAUGACAUGGCUCACUCAGGAGUCACCCCUCAUAGACUGGAAUCUAGGCACCGUCACCUUCCCAGACCAAGUCCAGAUAGCCUCGGAAGAAGAAGCAGACUCUAACCCCUUGUCAGACCUCCCAAAGCAAUACCAUGAAUUUGCUAAAGUCUUUGGCGAAGAAGAAUUCAAGGUGCUUCCCCCACAUCAGGAAUAUGAUAUAGCCAUCAAUCUCCUGCCCGAUGCCAAGCUUUCUCCCGGACCCAUUUACGGCAUGACCAAUGCAGAAUCCAAAGCGCUAAAGCAACACAUCGACAAGGAACUGGCAACAGGCAAGAUCCGCCCUAGUACCUCCUUGGCAGGCGCCCCGGUCAUGUUUGUGAAAAAGGCAGAUGGAUCUCUCAGGCUAGUUGUGGAUUACCAAAAGCUCAAUGACGUAACCCAUAAAAAUGUUUACCCUCUACCAAGGCAGGAUGACCUCAUGGCCAAACUCAGGAACGCCAAACUAUUCACCAAGCUAGACCUGCAUUGGGGUUAUAAUAACGUCCGGAUCAAGGAAGGUGAUGAAUGGAAGACAGCCUUCCGCACCAAAUAUGGGUUAUUUGAGUACUUGGUCAUGCCCUUUGGUCUUACAAACGCCCUGGCAGCAUUUCAGCACUUCAUGAAUGACUUGUUCAGGGACCUCAUUGACGUCACAGUGAUAAUUUACUUGGAUGACAUCCUCAUUUUCUCAGAAGACCCCAAAAAGCACCCUGAACACGUUAGGGAAGUCCUAUCAAGACUAAUGAGAAACCAGUUGUUUUGUAAACUCUCCAAGUGCCACUUCCACGUCACUACCGUUGAUUACCUUGGCAUUGUCAUAUCCCCGGCGGGCUUCUCCAUGGAUCAGAAGAAGAUUGAGGCGGUCACGUCAUGGCCCCAACCUAAAACAGUUAAGCAGGUCCAAGCAUUUUUAGGUUUUGUCAACUACCUCCGUCGUUUCAUCCCCAACUUCAGCUUGGUGGCACGCCCCCUCCAUAAUCUCACAAAGAAGGAAACCCCCUGGUCAUGGGACAAUCCAGAGGAAGCUGCAUUCCAGGAAUUAAAAACCCUUGUCACCAGAUCCCCGGUUCUUAUUCACUCCAACCCAAAACUGCCCUAUUACCUAGAGACGGACGCAUCAGGGGUAGCCAUGGGAGCCAUACUGAGUCAACAAGGAGAGGAUAACCAACUCCAUCCAAUUGCAUACAUGUCUAAGUCCUUCUCAGGCGCCGAGGCUAACUAUGAUACGCACGACAAAGAAUUAUUAGCUAUCAUUAAAGCACUAGAGGAAUGGCGAAUCUUCCUGGAGGCUACGGAAAAAUCAAUUCAGGUUUUCACAGAUCAUAGAAACCUGGAAUACUGGAUGCAGGCACAAACCUUUAAUCAAAGACACGCAAGAUGGCGCAUUUUCCUUAGUGACUUCAAUUUUGAGAUUCACUACCGCCCUGGAAAGCAGUCAGGGAAACCAGACGCCCUAUCCAGACGAUUGGAUUACCUGGAUGUACCACCGGAACCAGAAGUCAUGCUUCCAACAGAGGUCUUUGCAAACACGUCAGAAGAAGAGCUGGAGAUUGUCACCAAAGUACGCUCCAGGUUGAAAGAAGACCCUUCCCUAGAACAAAUUAUCCAGUUUCUAACAGAAGACGCUGAUAACGCCCUGCCAUCCAUACAAAAGGCAUACCAAGAAUAUGACUGGGAGGAAGACCUACUCUGGUAUCGUGGGAGACUAGUGGUACCCAACCACAAGCCCCUAAAAGAAAGACUACUGAAGGAAUUUCACGACUCUCCCCUGGCAGGACACCCAGGUCAGCAAAGAACCCUAGAGCUCCUAAGUCAAAACUACUGGUGGCCAGGCAUGAAAUCCUCAGCCAAGGAAUGGGUGGAACAUUGCCCAACUUGCCAAGCAAAUCAACGAGCCCGCGCACCGGUAAUAGCUCUGAAACCCCUGGAAGUCCCACCGUAUCCUUUUCACACUAUAUUGUACGACUUCAUCACCGGGUUCCCCAAGUCCCAAGGCCAUGAUGCUAUCCUUGUGGUUAUUGAUUCAUUUUCAAAGUUUGGGCACUUCAUCCCUACAUCCAAGAAGGUCACAUCCAAAGGGUUGGCGGACUUAUUCAUAACGCAUAUCUGGAAACUCCACGGCUUACCAAUCAAAACCGUCUCAGACCGCGGAACCACAUUCACUGGAAAGUUUCUCCAAGCACUCUACCAAAGGUUGGGGAUCAAACCCUCCUUCUCCUCUGCUUACCACCCAGAAUCCGACGGACAGACAGAAAGGGUUAAUCAAUUUAUCGAAUUCUACCUAAGGUCAUAUGUAGCAGCCAAUCACUCAGACUGGGCCACUUGGCUUCCCUUGGCAGAAUAUGCGUAUAAUAACGCCAAACACGCGUCCACAGGAAAAACCCCCUUCGAACUGGUUUACGGAAGGAAUCCAGUGAUGAACCCCUCCAAUGUCCCAGCCAACGUACCAGAGGCAGAUAAGGUAGCAGAUACUCUAGCUCAGGAAUGGAAAGAAGCCAAGUCAGCCCUCAGACUAAGCAAGGAACGGAUGGCCGAGAACCAAGGAACAAUACCAGAGUAUUCAGUAGGAGAAAAGGUUUGGCUGGACGGAAAGAACGUAGAAUUAAGGACCAAUUCAAAUAAGCUGGACCCCAGACGACUUGGCCCCUUCAAAAUCAUUGAAAAGGUCUCCAGUCAUGCCUACCGCCUAGAAUUACUGGAAACCUUGAAAAUCCACAAUGUCUUCUACGUUGGGUUAUUGUCCAAAAGUCACGAAGCCCCGAGCCAGCCAUUUCCAGAACAACCUCCCCCUGAAACAAUAGAGGGAGAAGAAGAAUACGAGGUAGAGCAGAUCAUUGAUUCCAAGAGACAACGGGGAAAAUGGUUUUACCUAAUAAAAUGGAAAGGUUACGGUCCAGAGGACAACUCCUGGGAGCCCGAGGAGCUAUUAAAACACAGCCAGGAAGAGAUCAAGCGCUUCAACCAGGCCAGACUCAGAAAGGCUCGUGACGCCGCCAAGAGCCUUUAA